GCUUCCGCCAAUACUUUGCAGGAUUGGAGAACGGUCUUGGAAAUUCCCAUAGUUCCACGCACUAGCGGCACGCGCUUAAGUUCUCGAUAGAUCGCAAAGGCGGGAUUUCGUAUUAAAUCGUGGGUGUCAAAUCAACAUAAAAGGAAAUAUCAGGGAAAUUUUUAUAAGUAGUGAAAAGUAAGUGUAAAGUAGAAUAUAAGGUGAACUUUUAUCGGUGUGAAUAUUAUUAUUCUUUUAAUUCUUAAAGGGGACAGUUAUAUUUUUCUGGCGGAUUUUUUGUUAACAUUUUUAAAAAUAUAAAUAAUACAAGACACUUACAGUUGGAUAGAUAUGGACAUAGCCAACACAAUGCUUGGGGAAAUAUUCCAUUCUUGCAAGUCCUCGAUGCGGCAGGUUGGGCGGACACAGGGGGUGGUGCUCAUGUUGACUGUGUUCAGUGCGUGUACAUAUGGAUUAAGUGUGGACUUCUCGAGACUCCGACAGAUACGCAGACCAUUCAUACUUGACAAACGAAACGACAAAACAUGCGUAGGAAACCCGUGUCCGCCCUACCAGCCGUUUCUGUGCGGGUCCGCUACUGUUCCCGUCUGUAUAGCCCUGGACGCCGUGUGUGACGACCAUCCAGACUGCCCCGACCAUUUUGAUGAAGACAAAGAUCUAUGUAACGCUCGCCGCCGACCGUCCGUGGAAUCCAUUUACAACUUUCUGGAGAGAAACCGGAAAUGGAUGCAACAGAACCUUUUCAGUGGCGCAGACCUAGAACUUGUGGCCCAUUCUCUCGCAGUUGGCACAAACUUGGAAGAUUUAUCGAUGAUGGUCGGUCUCACUCCGGAAGCGGAGCGCAACUUGGAAGAUGUGUUUUUCGCAGUGCUUCAGAAUGAUAUGCGACCAUUACUGAAGUUGGGUAUGCCAAAAGGGGAAUGGUAUGACACGAUGAACAUGCUGACCCAAAUUGUCGACGGAGGGCUUAUCAUCUGAGCCUCACCCCAUGGCGUCCAUUGCAAUCGGCAUGCGUUGGUUUCGGGCAUAGUCUGUUCAGAGUCGUGCGAUAUAUGAAAACAUCUAGUUAAAAGUCAUAUAUAUUUUGUAUAAAAAGAAAAGCCAUCAUAAAUGUAUAUGUAUUAUGCUUGAAACUCCUUAUGCCAUACACAAUAGAUGUAUUUGAGUGAAUGUGACUAUCAUUUUUACAUAGAACAUUUUCUGAUUUAUUCUUUAAAAAGCAGUCAAUUUUAACUUUUAUUUAUGCUUAGAAAUCUACCAUCAUUUUAAAUUUUCUCAAACAUUUUCAUACUAUUAUAUAAGAUUCGAUUGAGAAUGACGAGUGAUUGUAAACAACAACAUUGUCUUUUUGUUGAUAUUUAUCAGUUAUCAUUGUUCAUGUUUUUGUUAUCUCUGUGAUUUCCUGUCAUGCUUGUUAAUUACAUGUACUGAUGCUGUGCACUUGGACUGGGUAUAUUGUGUACAAAUGGUGAAUCAUUUAUGGUGUAUUAUACGUUCAUUUCCUUAAGCAACGUAUACUUCUUCGUCAAAUCUAUUUCAUUAAAGAUUACUUUGCUUACAUGAAAACAAUUAUUUUAUUUUUCUGGCCUUGUUUUUAAAUUGUCUUAUCCAAGAUUUUUUAUUGAUUUUUUUUACAUUAUGUAUAACUGUAUUACUAAGGUAUGAAUGAGGUUUAUUCCUAAUAAUGCAUGUGUCUGGCGGCCCAUUUGGCAGGAUCCUAAGUUUUAGAAUCUUCAUAAUAUAUUUAUUACCAUUGAAUUGUUUUGAAUAUGUUCAACAUGACAUUUGACUUGAAAGCAAAUUAUUAAGAAGUUCACACAACAAAUAAAAGCUAUUUUUGAGUAAUAUUUUUGUUUGCGUUGUGGUAAAAUACAGCUGAAAUUAAGGUUGAAGAAAUAAUAAUCCAUCAAAACCAUGUAAUAUUACUUACAUUUUGUAAUUGGGAAACUUUAAAAGUUAAAAUACGGAACAGAGGCCCGAUAUAUCUCAGUCGUAAACCUUGUUGUGCUUAAGAAAACCCUGGGUCACUGUAAAGUGUUAUGAUAUUUUUCUUAAAAAGAAGUUAACGCUAAAAACGGUUUUAUGCCUGGUUAUUUGUUAAACGGGACCCUGUUUUGAUUCAAGAACAUUUAACAUGUUUUGCAAAAGGGCUUAAAAGUAGCCUACGUCAGUGUUAACACAAGUGAAACGCAAUGCAGUCACCUUCCAUCAGUGUGAACACCUAGUUUAGUGAAAUGCAGUGCAUUACACAUCCACCAGGGUUAACAAUAGUGAAAUGCAGUGCAGGUGAAAGGAUUUACUUUCAAAAUCAUGUAAAUGAACAGCUUGGAAUCACGCAAAACAUCUACAUUAUUGAAAGUAUAUAUUUCUUCUACAAAAAAUAUAAUUGUUCUGGGGAAAACAUAGACAAAUAUAGUUACUGGAUUGUAACCAUUCCUUAUACUUUAACACUUGAAAUGUUCUGACUAGAGUAGAUACAAGAACAAGUAAGCUGUAUUAUGAAUUUAGAAAUAUGUUCCUUGCUUCUAAUUGUAUUUUUUCCUCCAAUUGAUUUAUAGUUUAAACUCCUUGCAGUCAUUAACGCCUAUGACACUCAACGAUGUUUUCUUUUAUAUCAGAAAUACACUCAUUUGCUGUAUUUACUGCUAGAUAAUAAGAUUAAUUAGACAUUCAAUCUCUGGUGGGUUCAUUUACGAGUCGUGAUCGAUGUCCUAUGGAAAACAUUGUGUUAUGUAUUAUAGUACAUUACUUUUUAAUUCAUCGUAUACUUGAUCAACAUAGCUAACACAUUUCCCGGAAUUCAGUCAAUAUUUAAUAUCUUCUCGAAAAUAACGUUGAAACUUAUUGCGAAAUAUUCUAUUUUUUAAAUUAUAUUAUCUACGCCAUAUUGUUUAUAUGAUUUGUAAUAAUGUUAUAAAUAGAGUGCUAUAUGUAUGUUCUGUCAUUUGUAGAUGCCGUUAAUGUGUUUGAUUUGGAUUCAUGAUGUCUCAAAUGUAUUAUAACAUCGAGUUAGGAUCAUUUAGGUACACAGAAAGUACUCUUACGCUGUUUAGACUAUUUUAAAAUAUUAUCAAACAAAAAACAUGAUGCAAUUUUUCACAAAAAACAAAUUCGUUUACGUCCUUUAAAUAGCGUGUUAUAAAUCGUUAUGUGCGAACAGUCGAUAUUCUCUUUGAAUCCAAAACCUCAUCAAGGGAAUCUACCAAUUCAAGUUAUUACCCAUUGUUAAAGCCAUUUUGAUGAAUAAAUUAUUCUUAUAUUUGGCUUAAGAGCAAGGUACCUGUAGUAUGCAUUUUCUUCGCCAAUAAAUUAAAUUGCAAAGGUGCAUUGCUGAAAACCUUUCCUAGAUAAAGAGUUGUACCUGAAUACACAAAGAUUUUUUUUUCCUUUAGACAUAAAUGAAACAAUGGCAGCUCUUAUUUACUAGCAAUUUCUUAUUUAUAUAUAUUUUAACUUAAACGGCAAGUAACACCUUUACAUCAAGAGCCGAUUUGUUUAGAUAUUUUGUCAUACAAUAAUAAAUUAUACAUGCUAAUUAUACCUGCUGGCAAAUGAUGAAUUAAUAAAAACUGCAAAGUCGA